AUGGCUGUCGGUAACAUGUCCCUGCCGAACGUCACGGCGGCCCAGACGCCCCUCCCCAUCCACGGCGCGCCGCUGGUCAGCCCGUCCCUGCCCUUCAUCCUGCCCGUGGUGUUCUCGGUGGUGUAUGUGGUGGGGCUGGUCGGGAACGUCACCGUGCUGCUGUGUGUGGGCCGGCGGGGCGUCAGGAGCAGCAUGUGCGUGUACGUGCUCAGCCUAGCCACGGCAGACACCGUCUACCUGCUCGGGGGACCCUUCUUCCUCGCAUCGUUCCUGGUACAGCCCAGAUGGGUUUUCGGUGACGUUGGGUGCAGGUUGAUCGUCGGUCUGGACACCCUGACCAUGCUGGCCAGUAUCUUCACCCUGACGGCCAUGAGCGCCGACAGGUUCUACGCCGUCAUGUACCCGACACAGGCGAUCUCCGAGGGGAUCCAGAUCACCAGUAAAUCCCGCUGGAUCACGUGCGCUGUGUGGAUCGCCGCCCUGCUGAUCACGCUGCCCUGGAGCGUCUGCAUGAGUCUGCACGAGUCUGAACAGGCAGGGGAGCUGGUGGAGGUCUGCCUGCUCAGCUGGCCCAGUGAGGUGGGGAAACUUGUGUACAUCACGCUGGUGUUCGUGCUGGGCUUCCCGCUGCCGUUCCUCGUCAUCUCGGUGCUGUACGGGACCAUGGUGUACCAGCUGUGGUCCACCAUGCAGCCGGUCACCCUGGAGGAGCAGGACAGGACCGCCCGACAGCGCCGCAGCACGCUCAGGAGCUUCGUCAGCGUCGCGGAGGUGUCUCAGAGGGUAGUGGAGACCAGCUACAUCCGGUCUAAUCGGACGGUCAGCGUCAAGUACUCGGUGAGCGAGUCAGUGGCGAGCCGCCAGCUGUCCAAGCAGAGCGUGGUGUCGCGGCACGCCUCGACAGGGGCCGGGGUGGGCGGGCGCCUGCAGCCGCGGAGACUCAGCAGGAAGAGGCAGCACGUGUCCCGGUCCGUGCUCAUCAUCGUGGCGGUCUUCUUCGUGUGCUGGCUGCCGUACGGGAUCCUACAGGUUUUGUACUACCACCACGUGUUCCGUCCGACCGCCGCCAUGUACUACGUGCACCUGACGUUCGUGGGGCUGUCGUACCUGAACUCCUGCGCCAACCCGCUGCUGUACGUCAUGCUGAGCGAGCGCUUCCGCCGGGAGAUGGUCCAGUCCUGCUCCAGGAUGUGCUCCUGUAUCGGGUUGCGCUGUAAGAAGUCCAAACGGCAGCAGCAGCGACGGCACAGCUCAGAAGUAAAAGACGAGCAACAACAGCAGCUACAACAACAACAACAGGGUCCUUCCACCCCUAUCGAAAUGAACAACUUCAAACGAGUCCCCACCACCUCCAUGGAGAUGAACAACCUCAGACACGUCCACAACAAGAUUAGAAAUGAUUUGUUAUAAACACAAGACCGCAAAAA